AUGUUCAGUUUCAUUUUCAUACGAUUUCACAGCCGCUGUCAUAAUCAACCAUGUGAAUCUAGAUCCAGCAUUCACACAUCCAAAUGCAAAUCACCAAGACUUUUAUGUGUUGAUUUCAAAAAAAAAUUCUCUAUCAUGCACACAGAUCCAAAAACUAGCAAAGAUCCGCAAUAUUUUGUAUCAAAAAACAUUCUAGUAGAAUCAGAUCGGUACCAGUUAGGUGUUCAUAGCAUUUCAAGGGUUGGUUUUGUGGGUUUGUCCAGGCCACUGUACCUUACCCUUUCCCAUGUCAAGUGGAUUGUGUUCCUUGGCAAAGAUGUUUCUGAUGACAACAAACUAUUGCUUUCACAAGCUGUUGAUAUCUUUCAUAUUUUCAUUGAUUGUAACAAAAACGCUUCACAUCUAUUGUUGAUUCCAUUACUGGAAGCGAUUUUAUUCCAUCAAUGGUGACAUUCUAAGGAACAUCUUUGUUAGAAAUGGAGGUGGUGGGUCCUCAAGGUGGAAUUACUUUUCAAGAUGGUUUUCGUUUUUGUCUUUGCAUGGAGAAGUAAAGUAAACAACGAAUAUAUGAGUAAUAAAUACCCAUUUGGUGGAUUUAUAUUUGUUGGCUUUAAAAUAUAG